ACACAAAGCCCGGGGGAUAAAUGCACACACUUAAGUCGUGAAACUUUUGGCCACGAGCGCGCCACGCGCGUUCGGAUCAGCUGGAGGGGGUAGGGGGCUUGUGGGCGGAGCUUGUGAGCAUCUCUAGAAAGUCAAAGCCGGGAGUCAUUGCGCUUCAGUUAGGCAUGCGACACGCUCUGACGCACCAAUGGAGAGCUAACGGACCUGCACUGGCGCAGACGGACUGUUGACAUACACAAACCAUCAGCUGGGAGUCUGGAACUUUGUUUUUCUGUUUUUACAGCAAUUCCUUUAAACAUUUUAACAGUGCGUUCAGGCUUUCUGACCACCUUUUUUAAAAAACUUUUAUUGAAGUGACGCCAGGUGCUACGUUAACAGGUCACAAUGAUGACCAAACCUUAUGGAAAACCAGGGGAUGUGACUGAGCUAGUUAGCUCCCUUGGAUGGAUGGAGGAAGACCUCAGCUCACCGGAUGGUGACCGGACACCUGAGAUUGGUCACUAUCCGCUACACAGGAGACCUGUAGAGCUUGGGAGUGAUGAUAUGGAGGAAGAAGAGGAAGAGGAAGAAGUGGGUCUCGACGGCGAAAAGGCACCCAAGAGAAGAGGUCCUAAAAAGAAGAAAAUUACCAAAGCCAGACAAGAGCGUUUCCGUGUCCGACGCGUCAAGGCCAAUGCCAGGGAACGUUCGCGCAUGCAUGGGCUGAACGAUGCAUUGGACAACUUGCGGCGCGUAAUGCCUUGUUACUCGAAGACCCAGAAGCUCUCCAAAAUUGAGACCCUGCGGCUGGCCCACAACUACAUCUGGGCGCUAUCGGAGGUUCUGGAGAGUGGCCAGUCACCCGAGAGCCAUGGUUUUGUGGAGAUGCUAUGCAAGGGGCUUUCGCAACCUACCAGCAACCUCGUGGCUGGCUGCCUCCAACUUGGACCCUCGUCCAUGCUGAUCAACAAGCUGGAUGAAAAGUGCGGGGUUCCAGGAGUAGGUGGUCCUCAGGGUCACCCCAUUAGCUAUCCCUCACCGGGACUUCCCAGUCCACCCUACGGCUCAUUGGAGGCCUCACACUUGCUUCAUCUGAAGGGCUUCAAGGGGGCUAACUAUGAGAACUCCUCACCCAACGAAUGUAGCAGCGCCACGCCACCUUAUGAUGGCCCUCUUACUCCACCGCUCAGCAUCAGCAGCAACUUCGCCCUCAAGCAGGAGCCGUCGCCACAUGAGGCUGAGAGGAACUUUACCCCCCACCCGACUCACGCCACCCAUUACAUCUCCUCACACCCUUACCCACCUUCCUCUUUGGCUGGUCUUCCAGCUCCUCAGGGUCACCCGCUGUUCCCAGGUUCCCGUUUUGAGCUUCCUUUAGACAUAGCUUUCGAGCCGUUUACCCCUUCGCAUAUUGUGACAUCACAGAUGAGCAGCAUUUACAGUGAAUAAACAGAUAUGACCACCACAGACUCUCAGCAAUUCUGCCUCCUGCUCCUCAGUGUGCUUCCAGGGGUGCAGCACAUUUAAGGAGACACUUUGCAUGUAUCCUGUCUGAUCCCUUAAGAGACCAUAGCAGUCAGUGAGAGAGACUAUCUGAAAUGCAACCUAACUGUGGCAACUGAAGUACUGAGAAAGAGAUGUAUAUUUUUCGUUAAUUUAUUCUUGUUUUUGUCAUGACUGAAUUUGUUACUUCUUUAAAUGUUAUUUUUAAUUGUUCGGGGAUUUGUAUUCUGUAUAAACUUGAUGUUCUCCACCUCAAAUUGGAUGAUGACUUUGGUGCACAUGCAAUAAAAGUGCAUCAGUACUGACACAUAGACAAACUGGAAGGUUUUUAGUAUUUUUGACACUGUUCAACCAGAUGCUGAUUUCCCACUAAGCAAAACACUUAAGAAAAAAAAAAUAGAAAGAAUGAAGGAAAAGGACAAAUUUAGUACACUACAUUUGCCAUAACAAAUGCAUUUAUUUAUGACUGUAUUUAAUAUUUAUUUUGAUGACAAUUGUAUGUUUUGAAACAAUUUGUCAACACUGUUUUUAUUGUUUUUUUGGUACACUGCCAGUCACUGCUACCAAUUAUCAUAAAGUAUCUAAUUUAUUUAUUGGAAUUCAUUCAGUGUAA